AUGGUGGCAUCGGCCAGUGAGCGGGACGAAGAGGCCCUUCGUCGUGCCGUCCAGUGCACGCCCAUCAUCGACAACCAUGCUCAUCCCCUCCUGAGGCGAGACGCCAUGGGCCGGCGCCCCCUGCUCUCCGUCGCCACCGAGGCCCACGGCGAGGCUCUCGACGCGAGCAGGACUGGCCUCGCCCACUUUCGGGCCGUGAGGCAGCUCGCGGACGUUCUCGGCUGCGAGGCCACGUGGGAGGCCGUCGCCGCCGCCGUCGCCGGGAAGCGCGAGGGCCAGCACGACGCCUGGCUGCGAACCUGCCUCGCCGGCAUCCAGUGCGUCCUGGUCGACGACGGCCUCGACGACGGCGACGCCGAGCCGUACCACCAUUUCGACCGCUUCACGCCCUGUCCCGCGAGGAGGAUCGUGCGCAUCGAGCAGCUCGCCGUCGCCCUCGUCGAGUCCGCCUGCACCUCCUGCCCCGCCGACGGGGACGCCGACGAGGCCUUUCGGACCUUUGCGCGCCGCUUCGACUCGGCCCUCGCCGACGCCCUCGCCGAUCCCGUCGUCGUCGGCUUCAAGUCCGUCAUCUGCUACCGAACCGGCCUGGCCAUUCCGCCGACGCCGGAUGCCGACCUGGCCUCGGAGGCCUUUCGGGAAAUCUUUCGCCGACGGCACGCCCCCGACGCGGAGCCCUUUGCGAGGGUCGACCACGCCGGCCUCAACGAGUAUCUCGUCCACCGUCUGGCCGCCGUCGUGGCCGCCGCCGACGUGAAGAAGCCGAUCCAGUUUCACACGGGCCUCGGCGACAACGACAUCACCCUGUCGUCCUCGUCGCCCUCCCACCUGCAACCCUUCAUCCGCCGGUACCCCACCGUGCCCGUGGUCCUCUUGCACUCCGGCUACCCCUUCGUGCGCGAGACGGGAUACCUAGCGACCAUGUACGAAAACGUCUACGCCGACAUCGGCGAGGUCUUCCCCUUCCUGAGCCGCGACGGCCAGCGGGGCGUCGUGAGGCAGAUGCUCGAGCUGUGCCCCUCGACGAAGAUGCUGUGGAGCACCGACGGCCACUGGUUCCCCGAGACCUACUACCUCGCCGUCGUCCAGAUGCGCGAGGUGCUGGCCGCCGUCCUGACGGAGCAUCUUCGCGCUGGCGACCUGAGCGGCCGGCAGGCCGUGCGGCUCGUCGAGGACCUUCUCUUCCACAACGCGAAUCGCCUGUACGGCUUGCGGCUUCAACCGAGACCGACGGGCCUUGCCGUGCCCGUCGGACGCGAGACCUCGAUCCUCUGCGAGAUGCGGCGCCUGCAGCGCUCCGUGCGCUUUCUGCGCGUCUGCUGGAACGACCUGACGGCGACGACGCGCAUGCGGUCCAUCCCCGUGCGGCGCGUCAUAUCCAUGCUGGAGAGCGACGAGGAGCUCUCCUUUGGCGUGACGAGGGGCGUCCUGGGCAUGAUUCAAAACGACGGCCGCGUGCCCGGCGUCGACGCCGUCGGCGAGUGGCGACUUCAUCCAGACUUUGGCAGCCUUCGCGAGGGACCGAGGGCGAACCACGCCACCGUCAUGGCCGACUUUCGCGAGGAGGACGGCUCGCCCGUUCUCCUGUGCCCCCGGACGCUGCUCCGCAACACGCUAGCCUUGGCCGACGCCGCCAAGCUUUCCUUCACCGUCGGCUUCGAGAUCGAGGUGGUCAUCCUCCGUCGCACCGAUCGGGGGUACGAAGCCCUCCACGGCCACGGCCAUGCCUACUCGGCCUCGCGGGCCAUGGAUCACGACGUCGCCGUCGCCGUCGUCGAGAGUGCCGUCGAGCAGCUCGAGGCCGCCGGCAUCCACGUCGAGAUGGUGCACCCCGAGGCCGCCACUGGGCAGUACGAGGUCGUCCUGCCCAAGGCGCCGCCGCUGGAAGCCGUCGACAACCUCCUUCUCGCCCGCAACGUCAUCUCCUGCUGCGCGACGGCCCGAGGGUACCGGGCGACGCUGCACCCGAAGCCCUUUCCUGACGGUUGCGGAAGCGCGAGCCACCUUCACAUGUCCAUGGCGUCUCCCGACGGUUGUCCCGCGUCGCUCUACGAGUCGUUCUACGCCGGCGUGCUCCACCACCUGAGGGCCGUCAUGGCCUUCACCUGCAGCAACCUCACGAGCUACGAACGAAUCCGCGAUCGCUCCUGGGCCGGCGGAACCUGGGUCGCGUGGGGGACGCAGAACCGCGAGACGCCCCUGCGAAAGAUCAAGGGUGGUCACUGGGAGCUGAAGUGCAUGGAUGGCCUGGCGAAUCCUUACCUCGCCGUCUCCGCCGUCAUCGCCGCCGGCCUGGACGGCGUCAAGAGCCGCAUGGACAUGACGUGGCGGGACUGCACCGAGGAGCCGAGCUUGCUCGGCGACGGCGAGAGGGCGCGGCUCGGGAUAACGACGACGCUCCCGUCGAGCCUGGAGGAGGCUCUUGCCUCGCUGCAGAUGGAUACGAUGCUGUGCAGUCUCCUCGGCGAGGAGAUUGUCGAGAGGUACGUGGCGAUCAAGAGGGCCGAGAUUGCGCUGAUGCAGCCGAUGGACUACUGGACGCUUGGAGCUACGAGCAUGGUCGUCAGACGGCACGCGGCGUGCCGGAGUUGGUUGUUCCGGCGGGUGGGUCCGGCUCACCGUCAGUCCACGGUUGAGCGUGACGAAACGAAGCAGCCAAGGAUGAACUCGACACCAACACAACACUACACAACACAACACAACACAACACACCUUGUCGUCGGCAUCCAACGAAAUGGCCGUGCCAUGGCACGAACGACGGCAAGGACGCAAACGGUCCAGGUCGACGAGGCGCGUCGACGCAACGGUGACGACGACGACGAGAUGCACGCUGCCGAGGAAAGGGAUCGUGACUUUGAACCGGCGGCGAGUCCCCGACCGACGAAGAGACGCAAAGCGGCGAAAUCGAGCGCAAAGAAUCAGGCCCGCGACCACCACCCGUGGUUGUCGGAUGAGCAUGGACAAGAGACGGAGACACGACGCGACGCCUGCGUGCCCCCCCUCCGUCGGCACUCGAUCGACUACCACCGACCUCUCCUACUGAGCAAGCACCAAGGGUUUCAAGGUCGCCGUUCGCUGCUGUCGUGGUUCGACUCGGUCAGCUCGACGCGAGCGAUGCCCUGGCGGAAGCCGUGGGUCAACCCGAGCCUCUACGCCGACGCGGACCUGCUGCGGCGGACGCUCGAGAAGCGGGCGUACGAGGUUUGGAUCAGCGAAAUCAUGCUGCAGCAGACGCGCGUCGCCGUCGUCAUCGACUACUGGAAUCGCUGGAUGGCGAGGUGGCCGACGAUCCGAGACCUCGCCCGCGCCGACGCCGACGACGUGCUGGCCACGUGGCGCGGGCUGGGCUACUACAGCAGGGCCACUCGCAUCCACGAGGCGGCCAGGCUCGUCGUGGACGACGACGAGCUGCGAGGUCUGCUGCCGAGCACCGCCGCGGCGCUCGAGGCACGCGUGCCGGGCGUCGGCCGCUACACGGGAGGCGCCAUCUCGUCCAUCGUCUUCGGCAGACCGGAGCCCAUGGUCGACGGCAAUGUGCUGAGGGUGCUGAGUAGGCAGCUCGGCAUCCAUGGCAACAUCAAGACGGACAAGAAGGUCGUCGACGCCAUCUGGGCCGCCGCCGACGCCCUGGUCAAGGCCGCCGCCGCCGACGACGAACUCGAGCCGCCCAACGACAGGCCGGGACGCUGGGGCCAGGCUCUGAUGGAGCUCGGCAGCACCGUGUGCACGCCGAGGCCGAACUGCUCCGCCUGUCCCGUCACGGCGACCUGCCGCGCCCACGCCGAGGGCUUGGCGUCGGCGAACGAGCAGGGCCGGACGACCGUCGACAUCGAGGACCUCUGCGCUCUCUGCGAGCCAUUCGAGGAAGCCGACGGCGCCGAAGACGUCGGCAUCGCCCGUGCGCCGCCGCCAUCCUCCAAGCCGGCGACGGCGAGGACGCGAGCUUCCUCGCGGCAGACGACGCUCGCAGACUUUGCCUACAAGCUGCCGAGCCGCGCACCACGGGCCCCCCGACCGGAGGCGGCCGACGAUGCCGCGCACGAAGUCGCCGCGCGCCACGCGCAAAGGUUUCCCGUCAAGGCGACGAAGAAGGCGGUCCGGUCGGAGGAGACGGUCGUGUGCGUCAUCAGGCGUCCCGACGGACGCUACCUGAUCCAGCGCCGACCGGAGAAGGGUCUGCUGGCGAAUCUGUGGGAGUUUCCCAGCCGCGUCCUCGAUGACGCCGCCGAGGCGACGGCGGAGCGGAGGGUCGAGUUGGCCAAGGAGCACGCGUCGCGUCUGCUGCCGGCGAAGGUCGAGCACGUCGGCGCCCUCGGCAGCGUUCCCUGGCUGUUUUCCCACCUCAGGCUCACCAUGCACGUCCACCUGCUUCUCCUCGACGCCGAGGACGAGGACGACGCAUCCGUCGACGUCGCGAGGGAGGAGACGGGUCGGCCGGUUCGAUGGAGCGACGGCGUCGACGACGAGUCGAUGGGCACGGGGAUGCGCAAGUGCUGGGCCUUGGUGAAAGAUCACGGGACGUCGCGGGGAGCUGCCGGUCGUGUGGACGGCUUCCCGACGGUGAUUAUGGUCCAGGCGCCCUCGAGGCAAAGUCGUGGGUUAUGGGAGGAGCAGACGCCGUCGAGACAACAUCGCCCGGUGGGUGAUGGGAGGAAUAUCGAGCUCGCCGCGAGGCGGCAACCGCCCCGUCAUGAACAAGUACCGUUCUCCAUGUACCAUCUGCUAGCGGUGGGGUGGUCAGUCCUCGCUCUCGGACACCCACGUCGUGAAGUCGUCGAGGCUCGUGGCCUCAUCGCCGCUCCUCCAUCUCCACCAAAGCACCUCCGUCCGUACCUCGUUCUCGACGGCGCCGCCCUCUUUGCAUCCGCCGGCACCUCGUCUCACGCUCCGACGGAGUGCUCACCUCCACCGACACGCCGAACCUGCCGCAGCGCCGCGGCCACGACGCAGACGCCCGCCGUUGCCGACGUGCUCGGCCGACUCCUCGGCCGCGUCGCAACCAUGAGCGGCCUCGACGCGCCCGCCAUCGCGGCGGCCUACGACGCGGUGCGGAACGACAAGGACGAGACGACCGACUGGCUGCUCAUCUCGUACGCCGCGGCGACGGGCAACGAGCUCACGCUAAGCCAGACGGGCACGGGGGGGCUCGCGGCGCUCGCUGCGGCGCUUGACGACUCGCAGGUGCAGUACGGGUACGUGCGGGUCGAGUACGCCAACGACGCCGAGAGCAAGCGCGUCAAGUUUGUGCUCGUCGUCUGGAUCGGCGAGCGCACCAAGGUGAUGCGCAAGGCGCGCGUCAGCGUCGAGAGCGGCGACGUCAAGCGCGUCCUGGGCCACCACAGCAUCGCCAUCACCGCCAGCGACCGGUCGGAGCUGAGCGAGAAGGGCGUCGUCGCGCGGCUGCGAAGCGUCGGCGGCGCCGACUACAACGGGGGGCGGGGGUAG